AUGUUGAAUGCGCGCGGCACAGCCACUGCGGUGUUUCCCCUAGAUAUAUCCAUUCUGAGCUCCAAAAAAACUACCCAAGCUGCCAUGUAUUCCCGCGAACACACAUCCCCUCUUUCCCCCAUGGAAGCCAUGGACGAAUUAAAGAAAUACUCGAGGAUGGAUGGUCUCAGCCUUCAAGAGCUCAUGGAUUCAACCAAGUAUGUAAGCUGUUUCCCUAUCUCCUGCCAUUCUCAAAGCAACCCCUCCGAAGUCUCACUCGAGUCAAAAGUCACCCGCAACAUUACGUUGAAGACUCCAUUCAUGAGUUCUCCCAUGGAUACAGUGACUGAAACCGACAUGGCAAUCACUAUGGCUCUCUUAGGAGGGAUUGGCAUUAUCCAUCACAAUAUGCCUGCUCAUCUACAGGCAUCGAUGGUCCGUGCUGUAAAAAAAUACGAGAACGGAUUUAUUACCGAUCCCUUCUGUCUGACUCCUGAACACACGGUUGAGGAUGUUCUGGCCGUCAAGGAAGCAUAUGGAUUCUGUGGGAUUCCAGUCACAGAUACCGGAAAGCUGGGAGGAAUUCUACAGGGGAUCGUGACUGCACGUGACAUCCAAUUCAGAUCCUCCAAUCAACCCUUAUCAGAGGUGAUGACGAAAUUGUCCGAACUCGUUGUUGGACCGGAAGGUAUCAACUUAGAAGAGGCCAAUGCGAUCUUGCGGGAUUGUAAAAAGGGGAAGCUGCCACUAGUUGACUCCGAAGGUCGAUUGCGCUCGUUACUUGCAAGAAGCGACUUGCUCAAAAACAAAGAUUACCCACUUGCCAGCAAGAAACCCGCAAGCAAGCAACUACUCUGUGGUGCCGCAGUCGGCACACGUGAAACUGAUCGAGCACGACUGACAGCAUUAGUCCAAGCCGGCCUAGACGUGGUAGUCCUCGACUCAUCUCAGGGCAACUCGAUCUACCAGAUCGAAAUGAUCAAAUGGAUCAAGGAAAACCACCCAGGACUGGACGUGAUUGCCGGGAAUGUGGUAACUCGUGAACAGGCGGCCGCUCUGAUUGCCGUUGGGGCCGAUGCGCUUAGAGUCGGGAUGGGAAGCGGCUCGAUCUGCAUCACCCAGGAGGUUUGUGCUGUCGGAAGACCACAGGGAUCAGCGGUAUUCGCCGUAGCAGAAUUCGCACGCAGGUUUGGCGUGCCGGUCAUCGCGGAUGGGGGAAUUUCUAACGUUGGACAUAUCGGAAAGGCGAUUGCACUCGGAGCGUCGGCAGUGAUGAUGGGCGGCUUGCUAGCUGGAACAACAGAAGCACCUGGCGAGUACUUCUACAACGAAGGCCAAAGACUAAAGAAAUACCGUGGAAUGGGCAGCUUGGAUGCCAUGGAACAUGGAAAUGCCGAGAAGAAUCCGGUGAAACGUACUGAAAGCCCUUCGCUUCAAACUCGCUUGAAGGCUGGAACCGGUAAAUCUUCGGGGGAUAACGCUGCAACUUCCCGUUAUUUCUCCGAGAGUGGGUCUGUCCGAGUCGCCCAGGGUGUUACGGGCGCCGUAGUAGACAAAGGCUCACUCAAGAAGUUUGUACCUUAUCUCUACACUGGACUCCAGCAUUCACUUCAGGACGUUGGCGCUCGAUCGAUCGCUCAACUUCGUGAACGAGCCGACGCAUCCCAAGUGAGGUUUGAACUCAGGACAACAAGUGCUCAAGUGGAGGGGGGCGUGCAUGGACUACAUUCAUACGAGAAACGUCUAUUCUCUUGA